AUGUGGAUCAUCAAUACUCAUACCCUAAUUCUGGAAGAGUUCAUUGGUCUAAAUCGACCGCCUUUCGCCAUCCUAUCACAUACAUGGGACAAAGAUGAAGUGACUUUUCAAGAAUUCCGCAGCUCAACGCGAGAUUACUCACAAAGGCUCGGAGGCCAGAAGAUCCUCAACACUUGUGCCUUAGCUAGGAGCAGAGACUUCAACUACGUCUGGAUAGACUCGUGCUGUAUCGACAAGACCAACAGCGUUGAGCUUGCAGAAGCUAUCAAUUCUAUGUUUGAGUGGUAUGCCACUGCAGAAGAAUGCUACGUGUUCAUCCAAGACCUUGGUUCGGAGGCGCCCAUCGAGAGUCUUAAAAGGUCAAGGUGGUUCUCGCGGGGAUGGACAUUGCAGGAGCUGUUAGCACCAAAUAAGUUGAUCUUUUUCGACAGUGAUUGGCGACUGCGAGGUACCAAGCACGAUCUCUUAGGCUUGGUCAGUGAUGCUUCAGGAAUCAGUCAAGAGGUUCUUCGAGACAAGAGCCUUCUUUCAGAAAUCCCCGUUUCCCACAAGAUGUCAUGGGCGGCAUCACGUCAAACUACCCGACCCGAGGACAUCGCGUAUUGUCUAAUUGGUCUCUUCGACGUCAGAAUGGUCUUCAUUUAUGGAGAAGGUCGCAAGAAUGCCUUCUACCGACUACAAGAGAAGAUUAUCCAUCAGACAAACGAUAUGAGCAUAUUUUUAUGGCAUUCGCUGUCUGCUGAUAGGAAGUAUAGCGGGGUUCUGGCGUCAGGGCCUGAAGAGUUUGUACAUGGCUCGCGUUGUCGACAAGCACGCGGUGCGGUUGAUACUCCCGAGUAUGCAAUCACCAACAAGGGUAUUCGGAUAGAGAUCGGCCUGCAGUACACAUCAAGCGGAGACACCAUCAUGCCUCUACAUCACUCCUACGGAACUCACGCUAUGGUCGGUAUCUACUUGAAAGUAUAUGGGGGUGGGACAUAUGCCAGAGUGCGGCCUCACGAGCUGGCGCACCUUGACAGGGCGAUUCGCGGGCGGCCCGCACAGAGGUAUCUCAUCCCGAGCAUCUCUGCUGGCUCUGAGCCGAAGCUAGAUGCGACUCGGGAAAAUGCCUUUCUUUUCAAAUUCCCACUGGAAACCGAAUACUGGCAAUACGAAUCAACUAAUUCACCCACUUGGUGGGAUCGCGAUACACAGUCAUAUCUACGAGAUGGAAACACGUCAUUCACGGCAUGUCACUUCUUCCGAAGUGAUUGGCAUGACGUUACCCCAUAUCUGGACUUUGUAGUUGCUUUCGGUGUUACUGAUAGUGGUGAAGCUUGGGCCAUGAUCGAUGCCGGUUCGCUAUACGAUGCAGCUGUCAGUGGUCAAAUGCAUCUGGUCAAGGAACAAGCUGAGAAACAUAUGCGAGCGAACGAGAGUUCGUGUGUGACUAUUCACCGCUAUGGUCCACAACAGCUGGACAGAACAUGCACUUAUGAGGAUGGCAAUGAGGUAUGGAAGGAGACUCCUCGUCAAACCAUAUCGACAAUAUAUCUCAAAGUGUCGGUUUUGAUCAUGGCGCAGAAAACAGAUUACCAAAACAUCUUCCACUGGGCAGAGACCCAAAAAGACGGAUCCAUUCCCUCAUUUGCAACGAGGGACAAUGAUCCGUACGAGUAUCUCUCCGGAUUCAACAAUCAUCAUGAGUCCGAGGCUGUUCCUGGGACUAUUCCCAGAGGUCAGAACAACCCACGGGUUGUGAGAUUUGGACUCUACGCGGAGCAGAUGUCUGAUUCUUUUGGGGCGUCGAGAAAUGCAAACAGGAAUUCGUGGCUUUAUCGCUCGAGACCUGCUGUCGCUCAUCAGGGUUUUACGGAUAUGCCCAAGGUUGAGGGAACGGAGAGCUGCUUUUUGCCUCUGAACCCUGAAGUCAGAAUCUCUCCUACACAACUAGCAUGGCUCCCCUUCGACAUCUCCGAAGGAACAGACUUCGUCUCAGGCCUCCGCACAGUCGCAGGCUCCGGCGACCCGACCCUCCGCGAAGGCCUAGCAACUCACAUCUUCUCCGCCACCAAAAGCAUGGAGAAGCGCGCCUUCGUCAACUCAGAUGGUGACUUCCUGAUCAUCGCUCAACAAGGCGCCCUGGAUAUCCAAACCGAAUUCGGAAACCUUUACGUCCAGCCUGGCGAGAUCUGUGUCAUCCAGCGCGGUCAACGCUUCAAGGUCAAUGUCGAAGGACCAACAAGAGGCUACAUCCUUGAGAUUUGGGGCUCACACUACGAACUCCCUGAACUAGGACCUUUGGGGUCUAACGGCCUUGCUAACGCGAGAGACUUUAUGUAUCCCAAGGCUCGAUACAAUGUAACUCGGGAUGAUCCAUGGGAGAUCGUGUAUAAGCUUGGAGGCAAGUUCUUCAAGAGCACGCAGAACCAUUGUCCGUUUGAUGUCAUCGCUUGGCACGGAAACUACGUUCCUUACAAGUAUGAUCUUACCAAGUUCGUCAACGUUGGGUCUAUCUCUGUUGACCAUAUUGACCCUUCUAUCUUUUGUGUUCUUACUGCCAAGAGCAGAGAUGAGAAUGCUCCUUUGGCGGACUUUUUGAUCUUUUCGCCUAGGUGGGAUGUCGCGUCUCACACAUACCGUCCACCCUAUUAUCACCGCAAUGCGGCUUCGGAGUUGAUGGGAUUGAUCUAUGGAGAGUAUGCUGGACGGUCAGACGAGUUCCAGCCUGGAGGUAUUUCUUUUGAGUGUGGUUGGGUUCCUCAUGGAGUCGCAUAUGAGGAAUUCAAGGCUGCUUCAGCUCAGCCCCCACCAGAGAUGCAGAUCUCCAAGGGCGCCGUGGCUUUCAUGUUUGAAAGCUGCAGACAAUUGACCAUUACGGAUUGGGCAUGGAACAGCGACAAGAAGCAUGAACAUGAGCCUAAGAUGUGGGAUGAUUUGGUUGACAACUUCUCAUCUCAUAUGGAUGAGGUCAAGGAAAUCUUGAGCAAGAGCAAGAAAUAG